CACAGCUGUGUUUCCUUUAAGUCUCUGGUUUCCUGUUCCACCCAGAGACGUCCUCCAGAGUUCUCAGGUUUCUGUUUCCCAGAAUGCACCUCUCUACCAGCAGAGGGGGGAGAAAGUGAAAAAGAACUUUGGGGAAGAAACUUGUCGUCAAAAGUUUUACAAUCUUCACCUGAACUUUACAAUCCAGACCAGAAAACUCCUGAACUGGUCCAGAGGAACCUUCACGAGAUGGCAUCAAAACCAGGAAGGUCCAGCAGACAGCUGCCUGUUGGUUUCUAUGAAUUAGAGAAAAAACUUAGUAAAGCAGGAACUAAAUUCAUCCACCAGUUUGACACCAAAGAAUCAAGGAUGAGAGAGAUAGUGGAAGAGUUACGGAGAAUUUCUGAGAAAGUAAAAAGAGUGCAGAGAAGGACAGACAAAGGUAGAGAAACAGGAGUAGUAGCAGGUGGAGUUGGACUUGCAGUAGGACUUGGACUUGGACUUCUUGCAGCUCCGUUUACUGGAGGAGCGAGUUUAGCUGUUGUUGUUGCUGGUGGUGGAGCUAUUGGUGCUGGUGGUGGUAUAGGUGUGGUUCUUGGUGCAAAUUUGGACAAGAUGUGCUCAGAAAAGGAUUGUGCAACAGCAGUAAAAACACUGGGGAAAGAAUUUCAGGAGAUUGUUGAACCACUGAAGAGAACCCUGGAAGAAAUAAAGGAGACAUGUGAAACACUGGAGGUCAAAGCAGCUGAAGAUCAGUCUGGAAAAGCUCUGAUCAACAUGGAGGAGUAUGAGGGGAUCCUCAGACGAGUGUCUGAACUGAAGGUGCAAAGUAUAGAAGCUCUUCUUGUAGCUACGCUAUCAACGCAGACGAUACAAAAUCUGGUGAUUCUCAUUGUUAGAGUCUUCAGACUCACUCCAACCCCUGAGGAGGACAGAGAGUUAAGAGAUGCCAUCAUCCAGUCAGCUGAUCAGAGCCAGAAGGUCACUGAUGAGUUUGAAAAGAUGAAAACACAUUUGAAGGAGAUGUUCAACGACUUGUAAGGUUGGAGGUUCAGCCACUGACGGCUCUGGAUGGAAACCAGCUGAAAACCAGAAAUAAAGGAAGUAAAGUGUAAAAGUUCAGUUCAGUCACCAUGAAGAAUGAACUCAGAGAUCUGAACAUCUUCUGGUUCCUCCUCAGACCUUCAUGCUGCAUCUAGAAAUGUCUUCAACACCUUCUGACCUCAUGCAGCCCCAGAUCAUCACACUCCCACCUCCAUGCUUCACCAUCAGGACCAUCCAUCCACUGUGGUAGUCCUGGUCAGGUUCUCACCAAACAUCUGGACUCCAUCUGAGCCCAACUCAUUGAUCUUCAUCUGACCAAAGAAUGUUCUCCAGCAUCCAUCAGGCUUCUUCUCAUGUUCAGGUUUAGUUCUGGUCCUCUGUCCAUAGAGGUUGAUGUUCUGAAGGUUCCUUCACAUUGACUCUGGUUUCCAUGGAGAACCCUUUGAACCACAUCUGAAGCAGCUGGACUCACUUUGGUUCUUUGACUUUCUGCUCUGAACUUUUCAUCUUCAUGGAGAUCCUUCCAUGUUUGUUGAUGCCGAUCUUUGUAGAAACUGAUGCUUUAUGAAAUGGGAGAUGUUUUAAGUGCUAUAAUGUUCAUAAGAAACGGGGGUAUAAGAAGUUAAGAGCUAAGGUGAACUAAGGACAAAUGUUCACAGUAAAGGUUGUUAAACUGGAAAUAGACUUCAGGGAUUUUUGUAAGUCUGUGCAGAUUGUGCCAAAGAUUGCAUAAUGGGGUGUCAGUGAGAGUUAGAUGCUGACAUCAGCUUCUCCAUUUCCUGAUCAGCAGACAGGAGAGAUCAGGGGGGUGGCUAGAUGGUCCAAAAGAUAGUUUUAGUUCCUCAAACAUGGAGAGGUCUUAUGAUCGAUGAGGGGGAAGAGUGAGUGAGUUGGGAGAGGGGAAAACAUGAAGUCAUUGCUUAUGUCAAUUUAGUAUGAGAUCAUUGCGUAUGUAAAAUCUGAAGGGGUUCAGUUUAGUAUAAAGUACACCUGAUAAAGAAGCAAGUGGGGAGUUGUUGUGAGGUAACCACUCGGAGCAAGUCGUCUGACUGGCUCCUGGUGGCAACAGCUGUGAUCAGAGAGGAUUUUACCACGGAGGGGUGAUUCAACAUGUUCUGCAACGGAAUAACUGUUCUACUGGAAUAAUGGACUAAAGGACUGCUCUUUCUGCACGGUUUGAGGAUUCAGAAUCAGAAUCACUUUUAUUUGCCAAGUAUGUGAGCACAUACAAGGAAUCUGACUCCGGUAUUUUACAGUACCCUCUUGUACUAGACAAAUAGAAAAUUAAAUAAUAAACAUAAAUUAUGUAACAAAAAAAAUACUAACAUAACUUUAACAUUAUGUAAUAAGAAAAAUUAACAUAACAUAGCGUAACAUAACAUGACAUAACAACAUAAAAUAACUUAAAGUGAACAGUGAAAAUGGUGCAUUUCUGGAGCUGAUGUACAUGAUGUACAGAUAUAGAUCAUUUUUAUUUACACAGAAUAUGAAGGGGUGCCAUGGCUCAGUGGGUAGAGUGGCCGUCUUGUAACUGGAAGGUUGCCAGUUUGAUCCUUUGUGUUCAUGUCAGGUGUCCCUGAGCAAGACCCCUAACCCCUAACUGCUCCUGGUGGGUUGUGGUUAGCGCCUUGCAUGGCAGCUUCCACCAUCAGUGGGUGAAUGUGACGUAUCAUGUAAAGCGCUUUGGAUAAAAACGCUACAUAAAUACAACCAUUUACCAUUUAGAAUAUACAGAAUGUGUUUAGCUCCAGAGGACUGUGGUCUGAGAAUAAUCCUGAUUGAAGGAACGUUACUGAAUUCUAUUGUCUCUGUGAGGAACACCACCAGAGGGAAUUAACAAAGUUUCUAUUGGCCCAAACGACAAAAAAGGAUAGAAGCAGAUCUAAAUCUGGGCUGAACCCCCUCCACUUCCCCCUGAACCGGUGAGCCUCGGAGGCUCGUGGGUCUCCAGGUGAGCGGUGGCCACACCGACUGCUCUCCAACCUGCAAAUGACUUAAUGUGGGUGAUUAUUACUUUUCUAUUAUGUAAGCAUAGUUCCAUUCAUGAGUCGUGAUAGUCAGUUGGAAGAAUAUUAAUGUUGAUGUUUUGAAUCAGUCUCAUUGAGUUUUGUGAUUCUUGAGCUAUUGCUGCCCCUGCUCAAAUAUUAUAAUAAACAUUUAUCCUGAAAUGAAAUUGAACUGACUGGAAAUUCACUUUAUCCCUAUCACAAUGAUUAAUCAUAUGUAUAUUUUCUCUGGUGGUAAAAAGUCAGGCUAAUGUGUGCAUUACAUGUAAAAAGGUUCUGAAAGUUACCUCGUCUCUGGGGCCGUCGGUGGUCUUAUUUAAACUUAUCCCUGGAGUUAUUCAUGUGCAAACCUCUAAACUUUAACCUUAACUUACCAAGUGCCAAAUCUGUUAAGAGGAAAGCUGCUAUUAACAGACGUGAAUGGUAAAUUAAUUCAAAAAUUCGACAUUCGGGACAGGCGUCUGGAUGAAGGCAGUGAGCAGCUCGGUGAAUUUCCUCACCGACCAGCUUAAUCGUCCCUCAGAUCCCACCUGGGUUAGACCCUCUGGGCUGCAGGAACCAGCGAUUCUCUGACGAUAAAUUCAAUAAAUUUAGGAGAUAACUGCUCAUUGGAUUCUCUCUCUCUCUUUCUCUUUUGCACUAUGAGCCAUCUUUUCUUAAUCCUUUAUUCAAAAAUGGUCCAAACAUUUCAGUUGUCUUCUCCUAUAGUGGACUGCUCAGUUUGAACCCUUUCCAAUGACCAAACCGAGUAUCUUCAGCAGUGACUCGGUUUGGUUUCCAGUGACCCGAGUCACUGCUGAAGAUACUCAGGUCACGAGUCAGGUCUCAGGACUUUGUGAAAAAGUUAAAGGUUUCACAGCCUGACAGAGAACCGAGUGGAUCAGGUCCGAGUUCCUCAGCACAUGAAUGGAGACUAUAAAGUGGAGCUGAGCGGCUCACCUGAGCUCAGGUGUGUCGGGUUUCAGGUGUAAACAGUCAUCAGAGUGUGUGAUGACAGGAAGGGUGUGUGUCGACGCUUUCAUCUGCUAAGACGGGAUUCAGACGAGGAAACGGAAAACACUCAUUUCUGUCAGCUGGGACGGAACAACGAGAACGUUUACACCUCCAGAGUCACAGAUCUAUAGAGUUAUAGAUCCAUAGAGUUAUAGAUUCAGAGCUAUAGAUCUAUAGAGUCCUACUUCUGUAUUUACAGGUCUAAACUAUGAGUCAACAAUUCUAGAACAUCCCAGUAUUCCCACUAUUUUAACUGUAGUUCCAGUGGUCCAGUCUGCCCUUAUGAGCAGAACUCUAGAUGUUCUUUGUUGUUCAGUUCUGGGGAAUCUGACCUUUAUUAACCUCUGAUGGUUCAACACAUUCACUAGACUGGACCACUGGAACUACAGAAAAACACUGGGAACACUGGGAUGUUCUACGACCUUAGACCAGUGUUUAGAUCUACAGAUUUACAUUAUCUGAUUAAUAUUAAUAGAUUCAUGUUUAUAGAUUUAUAGUUAUAAUUAAUAUCAAUAGAUUUAUAUUGAUAGAUUCAUAUUAAUAGAUUUAUAUUUAUUUAUUUAUUUACUUGAGUUUCUCUCCUCACCUGACGCCCAUCACACACCUGGAGGGGCGGAGCUUCAGCAGGCAGCAGCAGGUAGAGCUGCACCUCCUCAUCCAGGUCAGAGAGAAGGAGGACGAGCUGCAGGUGAGACGGACACGCACGACAGAUACACAACAGACACACAACAGAUACACAACAGACACACAACAGAUACACAACAGAUGCACAACAGACACACAGAUACACAACAGACACACAACAGACACACAACCGAUACACAACAGACACACAACAGAUACACAGACACACAACAGACACACAGAUACACAACAGACACACAACAGAUACACAAAAGAUACACAACAGAUACAUAAGAAAUACACAACAGACACACAACAGAUGCACAACAGACACAGAUACACAACAGAUACACAGAUACACAACAGACACACAACAGACACACAACAGAUACACAGACACACAACAGACACACAACAGAUACAUAAGAAAUACACAACAGACACACAACAGAUACACAGACACACAACAGACACACAACAGAUACACAGACACACAACAGACACACAACAGAUACAUAAGAAAUACACAACAGACACACAACAGAUGCACAACAGACACACAGAUACACAACAGAUACACAGAUACACAACAGACACACAACAGACACACAACAGAUACACAGACACACAACAGACACACAACAGAUACAUAAGAAAUACACAACAGACACACAACAAAUACACAACAGACACACAACAGAUACACAACAAACAACAGAUACACAACAGACACACAACAGAUACACAACAGAUACACAGACACACAACAGAUACACAACAGACACACAACAGAUACACAGACACACAACAGAUACACAACAAAUACACAACAGACACACAACAGACACACAACAGAUACACAACAGACACACGACAGAUACACAAAAGAUACACAACAGAUACAUAAGAAAUACACAACAGACACACAACAGAUGCACAACAGACACACAGAUACACAACAGACACACAGAUACACAACAGACACACAACAGACACACAGAUACACAACAGACAC